UCUCGGAGUUGACAACAAAGUGAAUUUAAAGCAUGGAAGAAAUUCGUAAAUUAGAGUAUUUAUCCCUUGUUUCUAAAAUAUGUACCGAACUUGACAAUCAUUUGGGUAUAAAUGAUAAAGAUUUAGCUGAAUUCAUUAUUGAUUUAGCUGAAAAAAAUGAUACAUUUGAAUCAUUCAAGAAAGCCCUUGAUGAUAAUGGAGCAGAAUUCACUGAGUCUUUUAUUUCUACUUUGCUACGAAUUAUCAAACAAAUGAAACCCAAAGAUACUCCUUUACUAGAUGACGAUGAAGAUUUUGAAAAAGAUAAGAAGUCUGAUUUAGACAAAUUGAAAGCUAAAUUUCCAGGAUUAGCUAUACCCAAUACUGAAAAAAUUAGUUUUUCAGAUGAAGAUGAGGAAGUUGCAGAAGCUGCUAUAGCUGAACUUGAAGCUUUAAACCCAUAUGUGAAAAAAGAAGAACGUGAAUCAAAAUCUCCAGAUUAUACGAAGGAAAAAUCAAGACACAAGAAAUCGAAAAGUAGGAGACAUUCAACAGAAAGACAUCACAGAAAGAAACGAUCACGCUCUAGAUCUAGAUCACCAUACUAUAAAAAGAAAAGUCGAUAUUCACGUUCUCCUUCUCCUAGAAAAGAUAGUCGAAAGAGACAUAGAACGAGAUCCAGAUCUUUGUCACCUUACUCAAAGAAACAUCGUCAUCAUAGUUCAGAGAGUAAAUACCAUUCCCAUGAUAAAAAAUCUGAGCGUGAGAAACCUCCUCCUCUGCCUAUGGAACCUGUAGUGAGUCAGAUAUAUAAUGGAAAAGUAACUAACAUAAUGCAGUUUGGCUGUUUUGUUCAACUAGAAGGUCUAAGGAAACGUUGGGAAGGAUUAGUUCAUAUUUCUCAAUUACGUCGUGAAGGUCGUGUUACAAGUGUUGGGGAUGUUGUUCAAAAGGGCCAAAGAGUAAAAGUGAAAGUCCUCUCAUUUACUGGCCAAAAGACAAGUUUAUCUAUGAAGGAUGUGGAUCAAGAAACAGGAGAAGAUUUGAAUCCAGCUGUUUCUAACACAGAAUCCAUGAGGAAAGUCUCUACACAAGAUAUUUUGAGAAAUCCAGAUCGACCAUCUAGUCUUCCUCUUAUCUCCAAAGUUGAUGAUAGUGAUGUUGACACUAGGAGGCAUGUCCAACGAAUCUCUUCACCUGAAAGAUGGGAAAUAAAACAAAUGCUUGCUGCAAAUUGUAUUGAUAAGUCUGAGUUACCAGAUUUUGAUGAAUCAACAGGGUUAUUACCAAAAGAAGAAGAUGAUGAUGAAGAUAUUGAAAUUGAACUUGUAGAGGAUGAACCAGCUUUCUUGUCUGGACAUGGUAGAGCUAAUAUGCAAGAUUUAAGUCCUGUUAGAAUUAUGAAGAAUCCAGAUGGUUCUUUAGCACAGGCAGCUAUGAUGCAGUCUGCAUUAGCUAAAGAACGUCGUGAACAGAAACAGCAACAACGGGAAGCUGAAAUGGAUUCUAUUCCUGCUGGCCUCAACAAGCAUUGGAUUGAUCCUCUACCAGAUGCUGAGGGUCGAACAUUAGCAGCAAAUAUGCGUGGUAUAGGAUUGUCUACUCAGGACCUCCCAGAAUGGAAAAAGCAUAUAAGUGGUGGUUCCAAAGCAUCAUAUGGUAAAAAAACACAACUUUCUAUUUUGGAACAAAGGCAGAGUCUUCCUAUCUACAAACUGAAAGAUGAUCUUAUAAAGGCUGUGACUGAUAAUCAGAUCCUUAUUGUAAUUGGUGAAACAGGAUCAGGAAAGACUACUCAGAUGACACAAUAUCUUGCAGAGGCAGGUUUCACUGCUAGGGGCAAAAUUGGAUGCACUCAGCCUAGGCGUGUGGCUGCUAUGUCGGUUGCUAAAAGAGUAGCUGAAGAAUUUGGUUGUCGGUUGGGUCAGGAAGUGGGUUACACCAUUCGUUUUGAGGAUUGUACAAGUCCUGAGACAGUUAUUAAAUACAUGACAGAUGGUAUGUUACUCAGAGAAUGUCUAGUUGAUCCAGAUCUCAAAAGCUAUGCAGUAGUAAUGCUUGAUGAAGCUCAUGAAAGGACAAUCCAUACUGAUGUCCUGUUUGGCUUGUUGAAAAAUGCUGUAAAGAGGCGUCCAGAAUUAAAGCUCAUAGUUACAUCAGCUACUUUGGAUGCUGUUAAGUUUUCACAAUACUUUUUUGAAGCGCCUAUUUUUACUAUUCCUGGGCGAACUUAUCCUGUAGAAAUUUUGUACACCAAAGAACCAGAAAAUGACUAUUUGGAUGCAUCACUGAUCACUGUGAUGCAAAUACAUCUUACUGAACCACCAGGUGAUAUAUUGCUUUUUCUCACUGGUCAAGAAGAAAUUGAUACUGCCUGUGAGAUUUUAUAUGAACGAAUGAAAUCAUUAGGUCCAGAGGUUCCAGAGCUUAUUAUUCUGCCUGUGUAUUCUGCUCUUCCCAGUGAAAUGCAAACACGAAUUUUUGAACCUGCACCACCUGGUUCAAGAAAGGUUGUGAUAGCAACAAAUAUUGCAGAAACAUCUUUGACAAUUGAUGGAAUCUAUUAUGUUGUUGACCCUGGAUUUGUGAAGCAAAAUGUUUACAAUUCUAAAACUGGAAUGGAUUCUCUAGUAGUAACACCUAUAUCACAAGCUCAAGCAAAGCAGAGAGCGGGUCGUGCAGGACGGACAGGACCUGGGAAAUGUUAUAGACUGUAUACAGAAAGAUCAUACAGAGAUGAAAUGCUAACCACACCAGUACCUGAAAUUCAAAGGACAAAUCUGGCUCAUACAGUUUUGCAGCUGAAAGCUAUGGGGAUUAAUGAUCUGCUAUCUUUUGAUUUUAUGGAUGCACCUCCACCAGAAUCUCUUAUAAUGGCCUUAGAACAAUUACAUUCCCUAAGUGCUCUUGAUGAUGAAGGUUUGCUAACUCGUCUAGGAAGAAGGAUGGCCGAAUUUCCCAUGGAACCUAAUCUUUCAAAGAUGCUCAUCAUGUCUGUUCAUUUAGCAUGCAGUGAAGAAAUCCUCACUAUAGUUUCAAUGCUGUCUGUACAAAAUGUAUUUUACAGACCAAAGGAUAAACAAGCUUUAGCUGAUCAGAAGAAGGCUAAAUUUAAUCAACCUGAAGGAGAUCAUUUAACUUUGCUGGCUGUCUAUAAUUCCUGGAAAAAUAACAAGUUUUCCAAUGCAUGGUGCUAUGAAAAUUUUGUACAGAUACGAACUUUAAAACGUGCUCAAGAUGUUCGAAAACAAUUACUUGGGAUUAUGGAUAGACAUAAACUGGAUGUUGUGUCUUGUGGUAAAACCACAGCUCGUGUUCAGAAAGCUAUUUGCAGUGGGUUUUUUCGGAAUGCUGCAAAGAAGGAUCCUCAGGAAGGCUAUCGCACCUUGGUGGAUGGUCAAGUUGUGUACAUCCAUCCAUCCAGUGCUCUCUUCAAUCGUCAGCCUGAAUGGGUGGUAUACCAUGAAUUGGUACAGACGACCAAGGAAUACAUGCGAGAAGUAACAACUAUCGAUCCCAAGUGGAUGGUGGAGUUUGCGCCUGCCUUCUAUAAAUUUGCCGAUCCCACCAAACUCAGUAAACACAAGAAGCAGCUGAGACUGGAACCACUUUACAACAAAUAUGAGGAGCCUAAUGCAUGGAGAAUAUCCAGAGUCAGGAGAAGGAGGAAUUAAUUUAAUUGAACAAUUAGUUGCUGAUAGACUGUAAAUAGAAGAUUGUACAUAAAUAAAGGUCUUUUAUUUUUUA